AUGGCAUCGCCAUUAUCCGCGCCCCAAACCACGACGCGUACACCGCGGCCCCGCAUCGGAAGUGGGAAGGCACACAAUGCGCAUGCGAAUCUGUGCAAAGUGGGGCAAAGUCUCUCCAUAAUGCGUUGGGUUUGCGAGUUUGUGGCGGCGCGCGGCUUGGAUGCUCAGGGGGAAGCCGUGCCCCUAUUCAUCGUAAGCCUUCAGCUGGCCAAGGGCAGCGGGAUUCAAUACACAAGGCCGUUUGCGAGGCGGCUAGCCGCGCGGCGAACACCUGCAAAAAGGUGCCCGCCGGACUCCAAAAGCCCACGACCGGUGAUUCCAUAA